GAAGACCUCUUAUUAUUAUACACCGGUGUGACAAUUCUAUUGAGAUUUUCACUCUUCCCUUCACUUGGAUAGAGCAGCGUCGUGAAAGAAAGCAGGAAACAAACAAGUAUGUGUCCGACCAAGCAGAAGCACCGGAGCUCCGUCGUCGAUCACGCCGGCAAAUGCUCCAGAUCCGAAGAGUCCACAACCUCCAACGCCGACUGGAUCUCCGAGUCAAUCCAAGGCGGAUCCUUACGGCACGUGGACCUCCACACCGGAAGCAACGGUUGGGCGUCACCUCCCGGCGACCUAUUCUCUCUCCGGGGAAAAAACUACCUGACAAGGCGACAAAAAGCGCCUGCCGGAGACUACCUACUGACGCCGGUGGGCACCGACUGGCUGAAAUCCAGUUCGAAGCUGGAAAAUGUACUCGCCCGUCCCGAUAACCGAGUGGCGCACGCGCUGCGGAAGGCCCAAGCCCAAGGCAAGUCCCUGAAGAGCUUCAUCUUCGCGGUGAAUCUACAGGUCCCAGGAAAGGACCAGCAUAGCGCGGUGUUCUACUUCGCCGCUGAGGAUCCUAUCCCAUCUGGCUCACUCCUGCACCGGUUCAUCAACGGCGACGACUCCUUCCGGAACCAGCGGUUUAAGAUCGUGAAUCGGAUCGUCAAAGGGCCGUGGAUCAUUGAGAAAACGGUAGGGAAUUACAGCGCGUGUUUAUUGGGCAAAGCGCUGACGUGUAAUUACCAUAGAGGAGCAAACUACUUAGAGAUUGACGUGGAUAUCGCCAGCUCGGGGAUCGCCAAGGCUAUUCUGCGACUGGCAUUGAGAUAUGUGACGAGCGUGACGAUCGACAUGGGGUUUCUGGUGGAGGCGCAGACAGAGGAUGAGUUGCCCGAGAGGUUAGUCGGUGCCGUUAGGAUUUGCCAGAUGGAAAUGUCCUCUGCAACAGUAAUCGACGCCACACCUGUUAGCCGGCGGUAAUCGUUCUGUUUUUUUCAUUUCUGUUGUUUUGCUUUAAUUUGUUGUUAUUAUUCGUGUCCUUUUUGGGUUGGAUCGGCGGGCACUAGAGCUGUAGAUAAUAAAAGGAAAUCGGAGCGACAAAUAACAAAUACUCGUUUCUGUUUCUUGUGCAUGA